AAUCUCAUCGAAAAACACUCGUUGUCACCGAAAUUCGACCCUCUUCCAUCAGUUUUGCCGCCGUCUGAGCUCUGGUGUUCUGGCCAUACAUCUUUUUCUUGGUUUUCUUGUAAAAUUUGGAUAUUUGUUGGUUCACUGCUCUUGGCGAAUUUUGUUCGUGUAUUAUCUGUUCUGCGCGAUUUUAUCUUGGGGUCAUUGGAAGACGGUAAAAGGGAUGCAUACCGGAGCUGGGGGUUUGACUUGAGGUUCCGAAUCGAGGUUCUUCGGCACGUGUAUUUAUCCUCUCGAUUGACUGAUAUUCGGAGUAAAAUCAUCAUUGAGAAAUUGUUGCAGUAUCUGAGAGCUACAUUACAAAUUUUGGUUGCAAUUUCAUUACUCUUGAGGUAUGCCAAAAUUGAAGCAAGACAAAGCCUAUCUGAGGUUGAAGAUUUAAAAUUAAAGAGGCAAUUAAAGCUUCUAAAUAAGCCAGCUAUCAAAACUAUUAAGGAAACAUAUGGAGAUAUAUAUGAUUGUGUGGACUUUUACAAACAACCUGCAUUCGACCAUCCUCUAUUGAAGAAUCACAAUUUUCAUCCUGAGAUGAAACCUACCUUGCCCAAUUUACUAGGAGAUGGCACUUACUCAAAUAUUAAUAGACCAUUUAACAUAGGGUUAAAAGGCGGAGGUUGUCCUACUGGAACAGUUCCUAUUAGAAGAAUUACUAAAGAUGAUCUAAUACGACAAGGAUUUUUGUCACAAAUUAGAGGUGUAGAUGAUUCAUCUCCUGAUGGUAUUGAUAUAAAGUUCAGUGUUUUAGAUGGAACUAACUCUACGAUUUUUAGAGGAGACCUCAGGUAUGCAAUUGUGCAAAUCCCAGAAAAUUCAACAAACAAAAUAGCAGGAGCAGGGGCAAUUCUUAGCGUGCAUAAUCCUCAAAAUCUUAGUGAUCAUCAAUUUAGUGCAGGCUAUAUUAAGGUUCAAAAUGACAACGAGAGCAUACAAGCUGGCUGGAUAGUGAAUCCACAUGACUAUGGAGACACACAUACACGAAUGUACACAUAUUUUAAGACUGGAAAAACUGCUUGUUUUAAUACUCGAUGUCCUGGUUUUGUGCAACUGAACACUGGAGUAGCUUUAGAUGGACAACUUACUCCCUCUACAUAUGGUGGACCUGUUCAGGAAUUACCGUUGUACAUUGCACGUGAUAUGUCAAGUGGAGAUUGGUGGUUUGUGUUAGAAUCAAACAAUAUAGCAGUUGGAUUUUGGCCAGCAAAGCUUUUUCAAAAUUUAGAUGGAUUUGCAACAAGUGCUGAAUAUGGAGGAGCUGUACAUAGUAGUCGAGGUGUUCCGGAACCUUCGAUGGGCAGUGGCUAUUUUCCAAGUGGAGACUUGAAAAAAGAUGCAUAUCUUAGGAAUAGUACUUACUUAAAUGAAAAUAAUCAAACCAAGUCUUUUAAUGACAUUUUUACAAAAUUAUAUGCAACCAGUCCAAGUUUGUAUAGGGUAUAUCAAUAUCCAAACUCUAAGCCUGAAAAUGGUGCUUUAGUGAUAUAUGGAGGACCAGGUGAACAUAUGUAACAUAUAUGUUACUUUUUGAGUACCCGAAUUCCGAAAUAUAAUCUUUUAUGUA